AUUCCGUGACUUCAACGCGCCGCGACUGGAGAUACACAUACUACACAUACACUUCCGCAAUCGAAGAUGUCCAAGCUUAGCCUGUUCCUGCUGUCCGCCCUGCUGGGCUGCCUUGUGUCCGGUGGAGUGGCUGGAAAAAUACGCGUGGAUAGCACCGGAAUUCGUGUGGUGAACGAUAUCCAUGUCUUUGCCGCCCAGCAUCCGGGUCUGCAGAUCCAGCCCAUGGAGAAGGAGAUCGUGCCGGGCAAGGCCCGUGUCGGAAGCCAAACCGUGCGCUACAACAUGGGAGCCCGCAUUCCCGGCGAUGCACUGGUGGCCCAGACAGCCGACACCUUCGAGUACCAACGGGCGCAGGAUGUGAGCCUGCAGCUCACCUAUCCGGAGAAUAGCAGUGAUGCUGCCGCCGUGUCCUACUUGCAGCUGCUCUGCACCCAGGACAGCAGUGAGGGCACCGCCUACGUGGUCGCCGGAGGCAUCGGCCAGCGCCUGAUCUCCAUCGUGCUGGAGGCCAAGAACACCAAGUACUUCUCAUACCAGGCUGAGUACUACGGAGUCCGAUAAGCAUCUGCUGCAGUUCCUCGUUAGCUUUAUAUAUUUGUUUUUGAAAAUGUAACUCCAGUAAAUAUAUGUGUAUACAGGCAGACUAAAAUGCUUACCUCGAUUUAA